AGACCCGGGGGCGGAGGGAGGGGGGAGGGUCUGGAAAGAUGGCGGAGCCGUCGAGCGUUUCUCCGGAGAGCUCCUGGACGGCCAGAGUGAGUGAGACCGGGGGGUGUAAGGGCAAGGCGAGCGGGUGGGGACCGAGGCUCAAGCCAUGGGGCAGGUCUAAGGGACGGGGCGGGUGGGUCCCGGUCGCCUGCUCAGCUCGGAACCCGCGAGGCUCUGAAGACAGUGUCUCUGAGCAUGUGAAGAAUGCCCCUUCCCCCCUGGGAAGCAGGCCUGGGGCCUUUUCAGUGUAUAUAACCUAAACCCCAUCCCUCCAGGUCAGUGAAUAGGGAGAAGUGGGAAGAAAGGCGCUCGCUUGAUCGCCUCUGGGGCGGAUUUCUCUGGUUACGAAAUCAGCUGAAAUCUGGGCUUAGUUUAAACGUGGCUUAAUGGAGCUGAUAAACAACCCCUCCUAAUUGCAUUAAAAGAUGCCAAGGAGACUUAGAAAAAGAAAAAGCAGCAGUUGGUUCUCCCGGGAUUGCAUAGCUGUCAACGUUUUCCCUUUUUUUUAAGGGAAAUUCCCUUAUUCCAAGUUUGAUUCCCUCCCCCUCUUUCUUUUUCCUUUCUCCUCCUGUGAAGAGGCUGCUUCCUAAUGUUUUAAUGUUGUAUUUUAAUCUUGUUUUUAAAUUGUAUUUUAAUCAACUUGUUUUUAUUAUUGGUUGUUAGCUGCCGUGAGCCCGGUCUUGGCUGGGGAGGGCGGAGUAUGAAUAAAAUUUAUUAUUAUUAUUAUUAUUCCGAGUAGGAUUCCUCACAAGAAAAGGGGAAAAGUUGACAGUUAUGGGAUUGGCAUUCUGGCCUUUCAAAACUCCUCCUGCCCCUUCGACAGCCUGAACUGACCCUCCCUCUGCGCUCACGAUGAUGGAGCCUUUCUCAGCUGUGGGUUCCCAGAUGUUGGACUAUAACUACCAUCGUCCCUAACUAGCAGGACCAGCCGUCAGGAAUGAUGGGAGUUGUAGUCCAACAGCCUGGGGGGGGACGACCCAAGGUUGGGAAAGGCAGAAGUAAGGGGAGACCCUGUUGAAUGUUUGUGUGUAUUUGAGCUGCUAAGUGCAUAGGAAAAGAGCUGGAAAAGAUUAUAGUGCCCAUUGCUCGUUUUCCGCUGCGUUGCAAAUGGGCCAGAAUGAAAGAGGAGUGGGGAAAGCUCAGCACUGAGACCUCUGCUCCAAAAGGCCUGAAAUUGUGAGGCUCCUGUUUCAGGAAUUCUGCCUUAGACCACUUAGCCAUCCCACCUAGUGUUGUUUACUGGCAGCAGCUCUGCAAGAUCCUUUCUUAGGCCCUGCUGCUGCUGAUUCUGGGAUAGUUCCCAAAGCUACCCCCUCCCCUCCAGAAGGUGGGAAUAUUGCUUGUCUCCUAUCCAGAGAGGGGCGCGGGUGGCGCUGUGGGUUAAACCACAGAGCCUAGGACUUGCCGAUCAGAAGGUCAGCGGUUCGAAUCCCCGCAACGGGGCGAGCUCCCGUUGCUUGGUCUCUGCUCCUGCCAACCUAGCAGUUUGAAAGCACGUCAAAGUGCAAGUAGAUAAAUAGGUACCGCUCCGGCGGGAAGGUAAACGGCGUUUCCGUGCGCUGCUCUGGUUUGCCAGAAGCGGCUUAGUCAUGCUGGCCACAUGACCCAGAAGCUGUACACCGGCUCCCUCGGCCAAUAAAGCGAGAUGAGCAACCCCAGAGUCGGCCACGACUGGACCUAAUGGUCCGGGGUCUCUUUACCUUUACCUAUCCAGAGGCUGCAAUAUACAACUUUCAGUUUCCUCCCUUUAGUGCUAUAAAAUAUAUGAGGGCAAAAGCAACCUUUCAGCAGGUUGACUUCCUGCAUUGUCACUUUGAUCUUUCUACACAGAGAGUAAUUAGGUUUUGAAAAAAAUGUUUUAAUGGGGGUCGAUGGAAUGAUUUUGUUUUAGCUUUACUUGACAUGAGAUAACAGCAUAUUUGUUGAACACACCUCUUUGUGCACUCAGCACAGAGGUAUCAGUUUUAGAGAUGCUUAAGAACCAGCCACAGUUCAGGUAAGACAUUGGCAUGUGUCUAAAGAAAAAGUUGUCUUAUUUCCACCCCCCUCUCUUCUUGUGGCACAACAAACCAGGUUGACUCGACGUUUAGCGACAACGGGCUGGAUCCUGGUAAGUGUUUGGUAGCCCCUCUUUCUCAUGACUUCUUGGAUUGCUUAUCGUCUUGCUAAAUAUCCUUAGCUGCUUUCCCUGCUUCUCCCUGGGCCCUUGUGUUUUAACAGGUGCUCUUCCCUUCCUUGGUGGAUUCGUGUUUUGGGCCUACACAUUUCAGCUGGGCUUUGGAUCCACAAAUUUUGGCUAGCCAUCGUUUGUGGUUGCCACUGACUCUUCCCCUCCCCUCCUCAGACACGCACAGGAUUUGGGAAGGACAAGGUCUCCCGUGUUGCCCUUUCGGAAGCGUUCAGCUGGGAACGGAAGGGUUGUGUGAAUCUGCGUGCCGCUACAUAUUGCACCCAUAUUCUUAGAGUGGGAGAGGGACGACGCCUCAUCUUUGAGCUGGAAGCAUGAAAUGACAAGGGAGAAUUGUGAGGGAGGCAGGCAGUUAUGGUGACCUCGUUUGUGGGCCUUUCGUGCCAUACAUACACACUUACCAGAGAUAUAUAUGACGGAUCACACCACCGCAUUCAGCUAAUGUAGCUUAGCUCCCGGUUGCCCAAUUGCAACCGGUGAAUCCCUGCUUCACAUAAAAGUGUGCUAUCAAAGAGGGAGGACCGAACCCUUUUCUCCCCCUAACUGCAAACGCAGUAGGGUGGAUAGAGGGUAUUAAGGAGCAAAAUUAUGUGGAGGGUGCACUCUUGUCAGGUCUACUUUGGUGGUGUUUCUCUUUCAGCACUCUUUGUGGAAAGCAGGAGGAAAGGGAGCAUUGCAUCAAGAGCAAACAGCAUCGGCUCCACCAGUGCCUCUUCAGUACCCAACACAGGUACAGCCCACUGACUUCUCUGUCAAUGGAACAGUCACUCGUCUCCCAACUGUGAAGUGAACAGAGCCUCUCACCUGUACCCCUGCAUUAUUCUGGGAGGCAGUGUCUUAAGUAUUCCAGUUGAAGGGAGUGCCAUGGAAGGGAAGAAGAGAGGUAUUAAAGGACUACCAAAUGGGACAUCAGGUUCACCAUUGGUUGGUGAUGACUUUUGGAAACUGCACUCCUAGUUUGACAUAGCCAAAUUCUCGGCUAAUCCCUGGCUUUUUUGCAAGGUGUUAACGUCCCAUCCCUCCUUCUCAGUGGCCCAUGGAAGUGUGAAAAUGCAGAGAAAAGGAAGCCCCCUAGCAGGGGUGUAUUCCCUUUUAAUUCCCAGAAAAGGGAUCCGAGGCUGGCUUGCGCUUUCACAGCCUACAAAUGGCGAUUCUUCCAAUAUACCCGUGCAGUUUUCUCGUCGCAACUUGAGCCUGAUGAAAUCUUGCGGUGAGGAAGCUGCUGGGCGCCCUCCCCCGCUUCCCUUAGGCCCCUUCCUGCUGCCUUGCCCCUUAGCUGACAGGGCCUGUUUUCCUGCUGCAGAUGAUGAAGACUCCGACUACCAGCAGGAAGCCUACAAAGAAAUCUACAAGGACCGCCGCCGCCGCGCCCACACACAGGCUGAGCAGAAGCGGAGGGAUGCCAUCAAGGUCAGAAAGUGGGGUGACCUACACAUCCAUACAUGCUCGACGCCCCUUUCUGCCCCCCUGGUAUAGCAAGUUUGCACUGCCCCUCCCCUGCAGCAGCCAAGAAAAAUGGCGGCUGGAGGUGUGCUGACUUAGCUAAUCAUUUGGGAGGGGACAGCCUUGCUUUGUAAGUUUUAACACCGCUCUCCCUCUCUCCUACAGAAAGGCUACGACGAUUUGCAGUCGAUUGUACCUACCUGCCAGCAGCAGGAUUUCUCCAUAGGUUCAGGGAAGUUAAGCAAGGCAAUUGUGUUGCAGAAAAGUGAGUUGAGGAACUGCUUGGGUGUGUUUGGCUUUUCGUCUUCCUUCCAUUUGCAUUGUGCAUCUUAUUUCUUACUAUCUUCUGUCUUAUUUCUUGCCAAGCUCCCACUAGUCUUGAAACCAGUUUCAUCCUCUGCUCGCUCACUCUCCUUUUCAGAUUAUGAAACUCUGAAUAGAUUUGUCUAACUAGCACUAGUGCCUAAAGGGAGCCUAGCUUGCUUGUCUUCCUCCUAGAGGGAGAGAUAGACUGCAACUUUCCUGAGUUAACAGGGCAGAAUAGCCCACAGGUUCUGGUUAUGUUUUGAGAAGCCCCUCUGUGGUUGCGUUCUAACCCGCUGGUGUCUUUGCUCCUCAGCCAUUGACUAUAUCCAGUUCUUGCACAAGGAAAAGAAAAAGCAGGAGGAAGAAGUCUCCACGCUCCGGAAAGAUGUAAUGGCCUUGAAAAUCAUGAAAAUGUAAGACCCUCUGUUAAUGUACACAUGCCAUUAAGACAGCAUGCUUCAGUAGCAGCCGUUCCCACAAUAUUUAUAAGGGACGGAAUUGAACUCCUUAAUUGUGAGCGGUCAAUUCUAUCCUGUUUCUUUGAGCUUUUAGCUUUCCCCGCUGCAACAGCUGCUAUAAAACAUCCGAGAGUUCAGAUAAGCCCUCCAUGUCUUUCCAGCCCAAUCUGCUUCUCCUAAGCCCACAUUUAUGCAUUUCAGAAACUACGAACAGAUUGUCAAAGCUCACCAGGACAAUCCUAAUGAAGGGAAGAACCAGGUCUCCGACCAGGUGAAGUUCAACGUUUUCCAGGGUAUCAUGGAUUCCUUGUUCCAGUCCUUCAACGCCUCCAUUUCCGUGACAAGCUUUCAGGAGCUCUCGGCAUGUGUCUUCAGCUGGAUAGAAGAGCACUGCAAGCCACAGGUAAUUCCGCAGUUUGAGAGCAUGUGGCUAGCCGUUUCGUGCAGCAAAUACGUGCUUGUUUUGCUCAUGCUAACCUCUUUGGAGUCUGUGCUGCCUCCUGCUCAGAGGCAAGCAGGUGGAAAUUGAAUCGAUCGAGGGGUCAUGAGAUAGAUUUCCUUAACUCCUCCUGCUGUUGCUAAGUACCACUCAGUAGCCUAUGGCGUUCAUCUCUUUGUACAGCUGGAACUGGGUAGAUUGAACUCCUGAUAGGAGAGAAAUGGUUUCCUUAUCUUCCACAGUACCUUAAUUAUGCAAAUACUCCCAAGUCAGCAGGGCACUAGAGCAGGGAGCAAAGGGUUAACCCCUUCCACUAGAAUGCAGGGGCAAAAUCAGAAAAAAAAUGGCCUUCUGGAAAAGUAUAGCGCUUUCAGCCUACGUGGGAGCUGCUUGUCCAUCACUGGACUCAAAAAGAUGAGGGCUGCUGGCCAGCCUAUAGCAUGCUCUGCCCCAGACUGACUCAGGAGACAACGGGUCUCUGAUCUCGUGGACCUCAGUGUCCCCAGCUAUGGCAGCUCCUAGUCCAUCUGCCUCUCCUCUCCAGUGUCUGAUAAUCUGUUCAUUUAGUGCCCAGGUAGGACUGUCAAGAGUAGCUCAUACCAGCCUGGUCCUCAGCAGUGAGAUGACAAAGUGCUGUGGAAGUGGUACAGUUGUGUCCCAAUGGACACAACUUCGACUUGGCUCCUAAGAUGUCCCACGCCUGCUGAUUUUGGCCUUGGCUUUACUGCCUACUGCAGAAUUCUGUGACCAGAACAUCUCAGUUCUGCACCCACAUUAACAUUUACCUAGGUAAAUUCACAAUUUAGUUUGAACAGUAAGAUCUGAGUGUUUAAACUUGCACAGUUUUUUGGAAGGGAGUCGAGAUGUGAAGGCAGAUAUGUAUUUACAGUGGUGCCCCGCAAGACGAAUGCCUCGCAAGACGGAAAACCCGCUAGACGAAAGGGUUUUCCGUUUUGGAGGUGCUUCGCAAAACGAAUUUCCUAUGUGCUUGCUUCGCAAGACGAAAAUGUCUUGCGAGUUCCUGCGGGGUUUUUUUCCUUCCCCCCCCUUUUUCCCAAGCCGCUAAACCGCUUAUCAGCUGAUGGCUAAGCUGCUUAACAGCUGAUCGCUAAGCCGCUUAUCAGCUGAUCGUUAAGCCGCUUAUCAGCUGAUCUUUAAGCCGCUUAACAGCUGAUCUUUAAGCCGCUUAUCAGCUGAUCCGCUAAGCCCGCUAAGCUGCUAAUACUGUAGCGCUAAUCCGCUAAACCGCUAAUGGGCUUACUUCGCAAGACGAAAAAAACCCGCAAGACGAAGAGACUCGCGGAACGGAUUCUUUUCGUCUUGCGAGGCACCACUGUAUAGAAGAUCUCCCCUCCCAUUACUAGAAGUCUCAUCCAUAUUUGCUCAGUGCUGAUCAACUGCUCAACUUUAUCAAGCGUUCCCCCGCCCCACCUCAGAUCCUCAGGAUCCACAUCAGGCUUUGAUUACCAGCACUUUAUGCAGGAUGAUCCUAAGGAACUUGACAAAUGGCUCCUCCUCCAACUGUUGUGUAGUAUUUGCUUAUAAAAAGAUUUAUAUACUGCUAACUCAUAUAGAAAAUGUCUAAGCUACAUACAGCAAACAUAAAAUCAGAAGGAACUCGCCAAUCACAUGAAAUCCACCCACCCAAGGAAGAUGUGAUGUUUCUUGGCUGAUCUCCAUCGCGAGGGCAUUCCACAUUGUUGGAUCAGCCAUGCUGAAUUUUUCAUAGAUACUAACAGUCCUCAUUCACUUGAGAGACAGUUAAUGGCAUUCCUCCAGUAGGUCUCAGCGAUUAAACAGGGACAUAAGGGGAAACCCAGCCAGAUGGGCGGGUUAUAAACAAUUAAUUUAUUAUUAUUAUUAUUAUUAUUAUUACUAUGUCUCAGGUGGUCCUUAGGGUAAGGUGCAAGACUGUGAUGUCCCCCUGUUAAGAGGUUGAUGAUUCCCAUGGGUCAGGAGCCUGAAAACUAAAGGUUCUGGUUUAAUCCCAUCCAGCCUAGUUUCCCCUGUCUUCCCAGCCCUACCAAAGAAUACCCUUUAACCUGAACCAGCUUCUUACGAAUUCCUAUGGACUUUCCCCUCCUAGACCCUACGGGACAUUGUGAUUGGCGUCCUGCAACAACUGAAGAGCCAGCUCUACUGACCACACUUGGGCACCCCAGGAGGGGUGUGUUGUAGCCUGGCGCUCUGUAGCCAAGAGGCUAUUCCUGCCCGUACUUCCUCUUCAAGCUUUUUUGGAGGGCUAUUUGAUUGUAUUGACCUCUGAAACCCUUCUCUCGGCCUCCUUAUGUGAGCAGGAAAGAAAUUAGCUGUCUGUUCAUGAGGAUCAGUCGCUGCGGUCUCGCUCUUUCAAGCCUCGGCCCUGAUGUGUUCUUCAUGUUGACCUAGCUUGUCUGAUAAAAACCCAUCUACAACGCACAGUCCUAGGGUUUGAUUGUGAGCCAAGUUCCUUCCCUAAGGGUACGUAAGUACCGGGACUCAAGCUCUCUUCCAGCCUUCGCUUCACCUCAAAUCAAGAGCAGACGCUCUUAAAUUCUCAGUACACAUAAGGCUUUGGUCUAAGUGGCAUUAACUUGGUGUGGACACUUUAAAACAGAGCCCCCUCUCCAUUGUGUUUUAUUCAGACACCCAAUUUGCACACCCAGAUGCCUUAGCCCAGCAUUUAGUUUGGGCUACUAAGGGCUGUGAGCUGAACAAGUUAUGCAAUAAAUGGGUGUGUUUUGCAUACAUGAUGUAUUCUGCUUGCCGUGCAGAAGGGCAGUAAGCCAUGCUAACACUGAAGCCUUGCUCUCCAAUUCCAGCUUCUGUAAUUGUUUGACCGGGUCACAAUACCGUUUGCCUUCAGUACCACAGAUUGAGAGAGGCUGGCAAGGCUUACAUGGCAGGGGAAGCCUUUUCAGCCCCUCGGAGCCCCCCAGUUUCUAAAAAUGCAGCAAAAGUGAGCCUAAGCCAACCCUCCUCUGCAGCUUCUGCUUUCUGUUCUGUAGCUACAAAGAAGGAGGGUCCCCUGUCCUUUUAUAAGCACCACUUUCUAGAUCUGCUGCUGGCUGGUGGAUAAGGACUCGCUUAGACAGACCUCACUUGUGAAAAUGAAAACUAUUUUUUUAUAUCAUGACAAGCAAUUCUAAUAAAUUUUGCUAAGUGUUUGAAUGAC